AUUGGUUGGGCCAGGUUAGGGCCGAAUGAAGGCCCAACCCAAAUCCUUGGCGACGUAGCGUGAGCGUUACGCACCGAAGCACAACCCGCUGGCCGCUGGGUUGGGUUAUCCCUUGUGUAUUCCAUUCCACCACCUGCUACCUACUGCACCAGUUCCUAGCUCGCUUCUUCUCUGUUCUCUCUCAUCUCCUCAGAUCGAUCAAGCAUCAGGGGGCUUUGAGGGUUGAUUCUCUGGUGUGGUAGCAAUCAGCACAAUAGAAAAUGUUUUUUGACGGAUAUGGAUAUCAUGGGACAUCAUUUGAGCAGAUAUAUCGAUGCUACCCAGCUUCCUUUAUUGAAAAGCCCCAAAUUGAAAGUGGUGACAAAAUUAUCAUGCCUCCAUCAGCCCUUGACCGUCUAGCAUCUCUGCAUAUUGAUUACCCAAUGUUGUUUGAACUCCGUAAUGAUGCUGCCGAGCGGGUUUCUCAUUGUGGGGUUCUGGAGUUCAUUGCUGAGGAAGGCAUGAUAUACAUGCCAUACUGGAUGAUGGAGAACAUGCUUUUACAAGAGGGGGACAUUGUUAAAGUGAAAAAUGUGACACUUCCAAAGGGGACAUAUGUUAAGUUACAGCCUCACACAAAAGACUUCUUGGAUAUUUCCAAUCCAAAAGCUAUCUUAGAAACAACAUUGAGGAAUUUUUCCUGCUUGACUACUGGAGAUAGCAUCAUGGUGGCUUACAACAACAAGAAAUAUUACAUAGAUAUUAUAGAAACUAAGCCUGACAAUGCCAUAAGCAUAAUUGAGACUGACUGUGAGGUGGACUUUGCUCCUCCCUUGGAUUACAAGGAACCUGAAAAACCCAUUGCACCCCUUUCUGCCGGAAAGGCAGCAGUGGCUGCUGAGGAGACCCCUGCUGAAGAGGAGCCCAAGUUCAACCCAUUUUCUGGAACUGGGAGACGCUUGGAUGGAAAACCAUUAAAUUAUCAGCCUCCUCCAGUUUCUUCUUCAGGGUCCAAGGACCAGAAAUCUGAUGUUGUCAAUUCGCAGUCUUCUACAGCUUCUAGUUCACAAAGUAAUGCUCGUCAAUCUCAGGGCAAGCUUGUGUUUGGGUCAAAUGCAAACCGUACUAAUGAGACAGGAAAGGCGAAAGAGUCAAAACCAGAGCCACCUAAAGAGAAAGAAGAGCCGAAAUUUCAACCUUUUUCAGGGAAGAAGUAUUCUUUACGGGGUUAAUUUAUACCAAUCAAGUAAAUUAAAAUGUCCUUUUACUUUUAAAGUAAGUUACUUUGUUGAUCUAUGCAUGGAUCGAUGUCUAUUGCAAAAACUUGUAUUUUUUUUAUUGUAUUAUAUGCAGUAGAUAGACCAGUAGACGCCACAGCAAAUACCUUUGAUUACUUGUGAAUGAAGCUCUUGACGAGGUUUGCAAUCGUGUCUGGAUGGUAA